AUGUCCGGACGUGGCAAGGGAGGAAAAGUUAAGGGAAAGGCAAAGUCCCGUUCGAACCGCGCCGGAUUGCAGUUUCCGGUUGGCCGUAUCCAUCGUCUGCUUCGCAAGGGUAACUAUGCCGAGCGCGUCGGUGCCGGAGCACCGGUGUAUCUGGCCGCCGUCAUGGAGUACCUGGCCGCUGAAGUGCUAGAGUUGGCCGGAAAUGCCGCUCGCGAUAACAAGAAGACGCGUAUCAUCCCUCGCCAUCUGCAGCUGGCCAUCCGUAACGACGAGGAGUUGAACAAGCUGCUCUCGGGUGUGACCAUCGCCCAAGGUGGUGUCUUGCCCAACAUCCAGGCCGUGCUGCUGCCGAAAAAGACGGAAAAGAAGGCUUAA